AGCAGCGAUCAUUCCUCGAAAGAACGACAAUUGGAAAGGUUCGCGAUCAUGGCUAAGCGUUGGGCGAGAACUUCCAGCGGACUGUUUUAUGCUGCGCUAGUGUUGCUGGCAAGCGUCGUGUUGACAAGGAGCGAAGAUAUUGAGACCUGUAUCAAAAACUCCAAACCGGGUGUAUGCGUGUACAAGUAUAGGUGUAAGGAUGGGUACAUCAUUGAAUUUGGCGAAGGUUUAAUCGAUAUACGGUCCAGCGAUGUAUGCGGCAAUCCACUGAUGGAAUGUUGCCAAGAACCAGAGGAGCCCAACGAAAAUACAACGGUGGAUCCUUCACCAAACGAUACCAGCACGGACCGAGGUACGAGUACGACGGUAGCACCACCGGGCCCUUUCGUACCUCCCUACCAUCAGCAACAGUGUGGUCAGCGCAAUCCCAACGGAGUGAUUUUCAAGAUCGAAAACAAUGUGUUCAGUGAAUCCGAGUACGGUGAGUUCCCGUGGGUGGUGGCCAUCUUCCGGUUGACGGGCGAACCCAAGCCCCAGUUUCUGUGCAGCGGUACACUGAUCGACGUUGCCGCGGUCCUAACGACGGCCAGCUGUUUCCAAAAGUAUCGAGGCGUCGGUAACAAGUUCAUGGUGCGGAUGGGUGAGUGGGAUUUGAGUAACGAUCGGGAACCGAUUCCUACCGUCGAGCGUGAGGUGGAAACGUUGCACAUUCAUCCGCGUUACAGUGUCCGGGAUAAGGUUAACGAUAUCGCCAUCAUCAUCCUGAGUGAUAGCGUCCAGCUGACGCACACGAUCGGUCUGGCGUGCUUACCGGAGGCUUCGCUUCGCUUCAACGACAUUGUCGGUGUGGGUUGGGGUGAUGCGCCCAGCUUUUUGCAGCCCCAGAAGCUCCCUCAAACCAUCUUGAAGAAGUCCCAACUGACGGUUAUCGGCGCGCAGCAGUGCCAGCGGACGAUGCGCAAGCUCAUUACUCCGAGGUACACGCUGUCCGACAGUUUCAUCUGCGCUGAGGGGCACGCACCGGAAAUGCUGCCAUGCAAAGGUGACUCCGGUUCACCGUACAUGGUCAACAUUCCGACGGAACAGGAGCGGUACUUCGUGGUGGGUCUCAGCUCGUGGGGAUUCGAUUGUAAUGUGCAGGACGCACCGACCGUACUGACGAACGUCGGUUAUCAUCGCGAGUGGAUCGACCAAAUCAUCAGCACCGAGGGUCUUAGUCCGUUCAGCUACACUUAUCAUCAGCAGGAGGAAGACGAUGACGACUAGAGAGUGCUUCUACUGUACUUCGUGGCUGCGUAAUAAAGGAGAGAUGUUGCUUACUGGCACCAGAUGUCCCGUCGUUCAGUGUUACGCAUUAAU